AGCACCACCACCACCAGCACCAACACCUCCACCAGCAGCAGCAGCAGCACCACCACAGCCAGAGACCCAGAGCCCCGGUCCCAGCAACAGUAGCACAGAUCUCAGCAUUUCUGCAGGACUCAAUUAACGUGAAUUACUUUUAUUCAUUUUGCUUUUGGAUGUUCAUUAUUUAACAUCACAAGCUUUAUCAUCACUACUGCCAUCAUCAUCAUCAUCAAUGUCCUUGUUUUUAUCAUCCUUCAUCAUCAUCAUCUAAAACAACUUCAUCUUUAAAGUCUCAUCAUGUAUUUGGAGAACAAAAACAUGGAGAUGGAGAUGUCUCAGACGUCGGCCGAAUGCCAUCGCAAGAACAGCCUGAGGUCGCCAGAGGCCGUGGCCGGGAACUUUGGGGAGCUGCGUCUGCUGCAGGGCAUCUCAGAAAGGAGAGACACCCAGAAGCUGCUGCAGCAGUCUGCAGUUCUGCCCUCAGGACAGUGCGUCAUCCACGCCGAGGCCUUUGUCCCCGUUCGACAGGAAGAUGGUUGCAGCCUGUUCAACGUUCUCAAAGGAAAUUCAGCCAAAAUGACAGAGAGGUCGCCGCUGCUGAGAUUCUCUCAAGACGACAGUAUGACCUACAUGACCCUCCAUGACCCCAGCUUUGUUGGAGGGGAGGAGCCCUGGGACCACGGCUCCCUGGACCUGGAGAGGAGAUAUCGGCUGGGCAGUGAGGUCACCAGCCUGUCCCGCUCCAGCUCCACGGAGAAGAGUGACCCUCUGGAAAACCUCAACCUCAGCUCCAGAUUCACCAGUAAUAUAAAAUGCUGCUUCACAGUCUCCAAAGUUACCAUAAUGUUUACUAUCGUCAUUCUGUGCAGUCUGUUCUUCAGCAUGUAUCCAGACCGAGACAACCCCCGGAGGCUCCUGGCGGUGUCUUCAACAGACAGUUUCUCAAUGAACGUGACGGAUUUUCGCGACAACGCUUUACUGAAGCUCCAGGUGGGGGGGCCUUUCACCGGAGGGAUGAUCGACCUCACCAACCAGGAGUACAUCCUGAUCCAGGUGGAGCAGACGGAGCAGGGGGGGCAACGGAGGAGGAGAACUCAGCAGGUGAUUCAUAAUUGGACCAUCCCUCUGCACAGUGAACGAAGCGACCAGAUAAUGUUAACCAAAACAUUUGAGAUGGUCAGCAGUGAGCCCAUCUUCAUCACGGUGCAAGCCUUCCUGCAGGAGAACGAGGUGGUGCCGUUGUCCAUGACCCACCAGUCGCUCUACGUCAACGUGGAGACACAGGUGGCCACUGCUGGGAUCAUCCUGACCGGGGUCUACGUUCUCAUCAUCUUUGAGAUUGUGCAUCGUACUCUGGCCGCCAUGCUGGGAUCUCUGGCAGCCUUGGCUGCUCUGGCUGUCAUCGGUGAUCGGCCCAGUCUGGUAACUGUGGUGGAGUGGAUUGACUAUGAGACGCUGGCUCUUCUGUUUGGCAUGAUGGUACUGGUGGCCAUUUUUUCCGAGACGGGCUUCUUUGAUUAUUGUGCUGUGAAGGCUUACCAAUUAUCCAGAGGAAGAGUGUGGCCAAUGAUCAUGAUCCUCUGCCUCAUCGCUGCCAUUCUCUCUGCAUUUCUGGACAACGUGACCACUAUGAUGCUUUUUACCCCAGUCACCAUCAGGUUGUGUGAGGUGCUUAAUCUAGACCCCAGACAUGUCCUGAUUGCAGAAGUAAUCUUCACCAACAUUGGAGGGGCUGCCACAGCUGUCGGAGAUCCACCCAAUGUGAUUAUAGUAUCAAAUCAGGACCUGCGCAAAGAAGGGAUUGAUUUUGCCAGUUUCACAGGCUACAUGUUCCUUGGAAUAUGCCUGGUCCUCCUCUCCUCGUUUCCUUUCCUGCGGCUGCUCUACUGGAAUAAGAAACUCUACAACAAAGAGUCCAUUGAAAUAGUUGAACUCAAGCAUGAGAUCCUGGUCUGGAGGCAGACGACUCAGCGCAUCAACCCUGCCAGCCGAGAGGAGACAGCUGUGAAAUGCCUCCUGAUGCAAAAGGUCCUCAACCUGGAAAGUCUGCUCCGCAAGAUGAUGAAAACCUUCCAAAGACAAAUUUCCCAAGAGGACAAGAACUGGGAGCAAAACAUUCAGGAAUUGCAAAAGAAGCACAGAAUAACUGACAAAAUUCUCUUGGUGAAGUGUGUGUCCGUCCUUGGUGUGGUGAUCUUCAUGUUCUUUCUCAACUCCUUUGUUCCCAGCAUUCAUCUGGAGCUCGGUUGGAUCGCUAUCCUGGGUGCACUGUGGCUUUUGGUUCUGGCCGACAUCCAGGAUUUCGACAUCAUUUUGCACCGGGUGGAAUGGGCCACACUACUGUUCUUUGCCGCCCUCUUCGUUUUAAUGGAGGCUUUAGCCCAGCUGCAGCUUAUCGACUACAUUGGAGAACAGACAGCAGUGCUUAUAAAAGCGGUGCCAGAAGACCAGCGCUUGGCCAUAGCAAUUAUCUUGGUGAUGUGGGUCUCAGCUCUGGCUUCUUCUCUCAUUGACAACAUUCCCUUCACUGCCACCAUGAUUCCAGUUCUCAUCAACUUGAGUCAUGAUGCAGAUGUGAACCUGCCAAUAAAACCUCUCAUCUUUGCUUUGGCCAUGGGAGCCUGUCUUGGAGGAAAUGGCACAUUGAUAGGAGCAUCAGCCAACGUUGUGUGUGCAGGAAUUGCUGAACAACACGGCUACGGCUUUUCCUUCAUUGAGUUCUUCAGGUUAGGAUUCCCCAUGAUGAUAAUGACGUGUAUGAUCGGCAUGUGCUACCUGCUGGCCACCCACAUCGGACUUGGAUGGAACAUGUAAUCCACAACUGCUAUACAGAGCCAAAGAGACUGUGUGUGUGUGUGUGUGUGUGUGUGAGACAACCCCGUCAAGCAUUUAGCUUACUGUAAAUGUGAUGAAUGACCUGAUUGACUAAUCAGAUUAAAGGCACUGUACGAAGCACAGCAGCCAUUUAUCGAAAAUGUCUUUGACUGAAGUGCCAAACAGCAGGGACAAGAAUUACAGGAGCUUUGAACUAAACUUUGAAUCUAACAUCCAACAAUUUGAGCAUGAUGUACUAGUUCCUGUUGAGUUUUACCAACAAAAAUUUGAACCUUGUGUCCUCACAAGAGUUGAUCCAAGGGAAGGACACGGGUCUACUGGAGAAAAUGCUGUCCAUGGUGCUACUGCCUCAAUGGGUAUGACUGGGGCGAGUGAUUCCAGCUGUGGCCUCUGAUGUCAGACUGUUCAUUCUUUUGAAAAUCUAUGGUCUGUUUACAAAAAGCAACAACCAAUAAUAACUUGAUUUACACUGAUUUGCUUUUAGAGACACUGAUCACUGUUUUAGGCAAUUGUUUCACCCAUGCUGAUAUUUUAAAGGAACCACAAUACCCAGUGAAAGGGAUUUUAUAACAGUUAACGUCUACUAUUUUUGUCAGAUGCCCAAAUCCCAAUGUGUCAUGAAUGAACAGCCUCGAUCAAAUUGGAGAACAGCAGAAUGAUUAAAAUAAAACAGAUUUAGACUGUUAUCUGAACAUUAUACAUAUUAUCUAUUGUACUGUGUACACAAUGGUCUCAUGUAAACUCAAUGAUUUAGUUAAUUUAACCAUAUGUAAUGUAGAAUCAGUUUGAUCAUGUAAAUGCUCUUACAUGGAACGGACAACAUCUUCUCACCUUGUCCAUUUGAAACUCUCACCUGUAUUUAUUGUACAGCCCGUUUAUGUUUCAUGGUUGAGACUUUCCCAACAUUCACCCAGAGAUAAACUAACCAAUAAAGGCUGAGAUCAUUCUGCUUUUCAA